UGAAUUUCCAAACCCAGUCAAAGGCAACGGUAUUCAGUGGAGCUUUCAGUCAAUGAUUUGCAUGGGAUACCGUACAUCGCGGUCAUACUGUGGGGUGAAACUCCUCUUCUUCAUUGUGUAGAAGUUUUCCUUCCUCUCUUGACCACACCCACCCAAUACCUCUUUGGGAAAACAACAUUUUCUGAUCGGCUCGUCAACGUCCAUCGCGGGGUGGACGGUAGCACGACCGAGUGCCUAGCCAACAGUCACACGGGCACACCAUUUUCUCCUGCAAAUCAGGGGCCACUUCCGGAUCUAUCUAUCUCCUUUUACCUGGGCUUUCUAAUGCCUAUCGUAAGUUGGGCUGCUCACAGAUAUAUGGAACUCUUGCCCAUCUAGACACCAUGCGGACUGGGAAACACACAGAAGCAGCCUCGCUGGUGUCAAACUGUCCGGAUAUGGAGGAUAGAUGAGGCCACCUUAUUGACUUAUUAGCACAGCAGGCGAGGCCAGGGCGAGACUUGCAACCGUUUUCGUGCACAUGUUCCCGUCCGUCUGUAACCUCACUGUAUCCGCAAUCAAGCAUGUGGUCGGUACCAUGGUAUGGAUGAGGCAUCCCUCGUACACACCACCGUUUCAUCUCCUGGAGCGGUGAUAACAGACGACGGAACCUAGAGGGGCCAGCAGUAUUUCCGUCGGAAAACCACCUCCUCUUGGAGAAAGCCUGGCCUCCCAGCUGCCAAGAUCGACCAGUCGUCUAGGCCUGUUUAGACAGGAGGCCGGUUCCCGCGUUUUAUGCAUUGGCAAUGCUACCUACAGAACUAGCUCGCCGCCCGUGAGACCUAUAAGACCGGGGUUCUUGUGUGUUGGUUAGCUUUUAUGGAGUAUGAAUCUACGCAGUACACCCAUGUAGUGUGAGCGUUGCCGCACUAGGGCGCGGCCUGGGGCAACCUCUCCCUUUCUUUCACCUCCUCACAAACAUCGCUUAUACAGCCCAAUCCAACGAACUUCACUUCGUCUACCACACUUCCGCAAGCGGUAGAUGCAACCUCGAGCUGUCCCUCAGCCGUGCCCUCAACCGACCGGUUGACCGGAAACUCUCAUUGGGGCCUUUGUCCACCUUGUCCUGGCACCGUCUUGUGAGGACUUGGCCUUAAACAACAUCCCCACGUUCCAACCGUCUCCGACUGUGAAUGGAGUUGCAACGACAAUUUUGAGAAUUAUGCUUGGUGCGGGCUCGAGGCACGGUUUUGGGGAUCAAUAGGCACCCGGCACGUCGUCGACAUCUCAUCCGGCAUCACCGAUAUCCCAUUGUUUAUUUUGUUUUUUUUUUGGUCUAAAAGGGUUUACAGUCAGCUCGCAGGUCCUUGUGUGGAUGCUGUGGUACCAUACGGGCUAAAUCAGGAACAUCCUCAGCCAUGAGUUCCUCAAGAGAUCCCACGGCGCGCCUCCGUGCCGGCCUCAAUCCUCUCUUGACGGCUUCACUGGGGGGAUAUCAUGGCCACCACGCCAAUACACCGCUCUCGGCCGUGUCGAUGACUUCUCACGCCUUCUCAUCGAACCAGACACCCCUAAGCGCAAUUCAGCCAUACAACCCGCAGGAAUGGGUUGCGUCUCCGGCCAUAGGCCCGGGUUCUGAUCGUACUAUGCAGCAGUUCCCUCCACCACAGGGCCACCCUUAUCUUGAGCCACAAGCAACCCCUCCACCUCCACCCCCAUAUUCACCUCCCCGCAGCGCAAGGCCGAUGAGUAUGGUGCUAGAGCCGUCUCACGGGGCGAACAUAUCCGCAGCCCGAGCUCCACCACCGCCGGCACCCCCAGCUCAACGGCCUCCCACAGAGCCGCCUCUUGCAACCGCGUCGUUUCCACCACCUCCUGGCACGAGAGAAUCGUCAAGAGAAAGGCGGUUUGGGUUUCCGUCAUUGAGCAGACGACGAGAACAACAGACAAACACUCCUGUAGACGUUCAUCCACCGGUCCGACACCAAGGGCUCAUGUCUCGCGUUAUGAAUGGGAACGCGAACUCGCCGAGGCCUUUGACGUUGCAAAUACCACAGCCUGAACAAACGGCGAGCCAGGCCCCAGCGGCACGAAGAGCAGUAUCAACGCCUGCCAUUGCUACGCCGACAUCAGCCAGAUCCCGGUCGUCAUCACAGGUUAGAUGGGAUUCUGCAAUGCCCGUUCCGCCUCCUCCACCGGGCCCUCCGCCGUCGUCAGCGCGAUCCCAAAGUACCCAAAGUGUUCAAAGAAUUCCUUGUGGGAACGACCCCGUCGUCGUCUCGCUUCCCACUCGCAGGGCCCCUCCCAGCGGAGUUACUGCUUUGGGGCCUGUUCCGCCCACCCCAGCAAAUUGGCAAGAUACCGAGGUCAUGUCAAACGCUCAAGCCCAAGCCCGAACACCAUCUCCCAAUAACAGGGUACCUGCUACAACGGAAACUGCGAGUGUCGCAAGUUUGAGUGCACAUCCUCAAUCAGCAGUGUCUUCAGAAGCCUCAAUGGGCUCGCUGGCGAGGAGUUAUGCUCAGAGAACCGACAAGACCAUCCGUGAGCGAAGGACGGAGAGUCGGACAAGAGGGAGCGCUAGUAACUCCAUGGAUGGGUCGCAGGAUCUUUCGGAUAUCGUCAUUCCAGGCUCAGGUGGAUUGCAGAGACGGUUGACAAUCACCCGAGGAACACCGAGGUCCAGUCGAACGAGCGACGGUCUCAGGACGGGAGAGUCGAUGGACAACAUGCAUGAAUCUAGGGGCACCACACCGCGAGCCAUGGGCUCGAAUCAGGCUCAUUCUGGCCAGCUAACACCGACAGGGCUGUCAUCGGAAACCCAUCGGUAUACCAAGGACAACCAGACUCUUUCACCCAAGGCUCUUCCGACACCACCCACCGGAAGCCGAUCGUCUUCGGCUUGUCAUGUGCCUGCUACUCAUCUGACACGACACUGGGUCAUCAGCCAAAGUAACGAGCAGUUCACACAAGCCACCAUCGAGCGCUUCACAGCCUUUGCUCAAAAAGAAAUGACGGCAUCGAGUGAUGCCGAGCGAGUCCGCCUGUUUGCCGAGUUCUUUGUCAGUGAAUCUAGGAUACGGAGGGAAAGAUACGGGGCGGCUAUAGGGGCCAUGGGCUCCGAAGUCCUUGACCUCACUCGCGACCUGUUCCGACCGAUGGAUACCCACAACAGACGAGAGUCCUCCAACUCUGCUACAAGUGGGGUGAUAGAACUGACCACACCGCAGUCCUCAGAACCCAGGUCACAUCGUGGGUCUAUCGGUUCUGUCUUCAGUGGAAAUCCCAAUAGCCAUGGACAAACGCCCAUCACGCCGUCGAGCGCUAGUCAGCCGAUGACGCCAGGAAGCAGCGGAAACACACCGAAUGCAAACAACUGGCCGACUUCGAACUACAUGCCCUCAUUAUCGCCCAUCCUUAGCAUGAGCGUGAGCGAUGCGGUGGAUGAGCAGGACUCUCGAGGUCGUCCAGCAAGUCGAUGGUGGGAAGCAGACUCGAGCGGUGCCCCGUCAAUGAAAAUGGAACGAUCCAAAAGGGAAUCCAAAUACAUGGGCGUCCCCAAGGAAGCCAGAGAAGCUCUCCAAUGGAUCGACGACGCAUCAGCCGGCCCGAGUAACAACCAGCGCUACUCCGAUUCUGAAUAUCCUCCUGAGAAGGUUGGAUGGCAUGAACCAGACCAAACAACACCCGCACCGCAACAACAACAGCAACAAUCAGCCCGUAACUCCGUGUUAUCCAACUACUCAAGCCCAAGCACACCCAACCCUGCGCACCUGGAUGUCUCUCGCCUGGUGACCCUUCCACCCCCCUACCCACGCCACCACCCGGCCGUCAACAACAACCAUCCAGAGCUCACCCAGACCCGUAGUACGGUCCGAGUCAUCAGCGACAUGACCGAGAUCGACGCCAUCAAAGAGAAAUUCAAGCUCGCCAGCACCAAAGCGCGCACCGACGCCGCCGAAGCCGCCAAACAGCGCCGUGCCACCCUCCGGCAGAACCUCCAGUCCGAAAUCGCCUCGGGUUCUAUCGGGUACGCGGAGGCAGCCGCCAUCGAAACGGACGCCAACACAUCCGAAAACAGCCGAAUCCAAGACCUCGAAAAGUCCGACUUUGACGAAUUUCAAACCGCCGUCGUCGUGCCCGUCAACGAGAUCCUGCAGACCCGCAUCACCAAGGCCACCGAGCUCUUCGACUCGCUCCGGUCUCGCCUCUUUGACGAAACGCACGACUCCAACCCGAACCUCCCGCAAGAAGAAGGCGACGAGCAACCCGAACUGCUCGAAAAACUCACCUUGCUCAAAUGGAUCUUUGAAGCGCGCGAAACGCUCCACCGCGCCCUCUACGAUCUAUUGUCUGACCGCAACGACCGCUACCGCGAAGUCGUCCUGACGCCGUACCGCCUCGUCCAAGGACAACAAGACAAAAUCGCCAGCGCCACGGCCUUUUUCGCCGAAGACGCGGCCAAGCGCGCCCUGGCUUACCACGAGGAAGUCCUGCAUCGCACGCAGCAGUUCCGGGACGUAGUCGAAGAGACCGUCAUCCGCGGCGUCGAGGCGCAGUUAUCGGCCUUUUGGGACAUUGCGCCCCCGCUGAAGAGACUGCUGGAUAACAUCCCGGCGAGCAUGGAGGGGUUCCAGAUCCAGAUCCCACAGUCGGAGUAUGAAGAGAAUCCGAGCUAUGUGGAGCAUCCGCUGCAGUACCUGUUCAGUCUGUUGUUGCAUGCGGAGAAGAGCACGUAUCAGUUUAUUGAGAGUCAGACGAAUCUGUUGUGUUUGUUGCAUGAGGUUAAGGAGGCGUGCGUGAGUGCGAAGGCGAAGGUGAUGGAGAGUGAUGGACGGGAUGCGAGUAGGGUGGAGCAGAUGAGGGUGGAGGAGGGCCAGAGGCUGACGGAGGAUUUGAAGGAGAAGGUGAGGGUGGUGCAGGAUCAGUGGAAUGAGGCGUUGGGGGAGACGAUUGGGGGAGUUAAGGAAAGGGUCGGGGGGUGGUUGUUGGAGACGGGUGGCUGGGAUGAGAGUUUGGAAGAUGGGGGUGUUGGAGGUGUUUGAAUGGAAGAUUGUUGUGAAGAAAAAGGAGGAAGGACGGCAAUGGGGCCUGUCUAUUUUCAUUUGGAUAUCCUACUUGAGGGAUUUGGACGUAAAUACUUGAGCCGCUUCAGUUGGAUACAUCGUUCGUUUUUUGUUGAUACCCCUUCACCAGCACAAUAUAGAAACCAACCUACUGAAAGGAUUUUUCAAUUUGUAGCUCAUCUACAUGCAAGUAUCUCGAGUUUGUAUGCUGC